AUGACAACUGCAACUGAAAAGAAAGAGCAUGAAACGAAGAACUCAAUGAUAGGAAAAUCAACUUUUUUUGAGACAUUUCAAGACCAAAUCACUGUUGAACCCAUCAAAGAGACGAAUCAUAAGGCCACAAUGUGCACUGUGGGAAAACGAGGGAUUGGGAGUAAGUACAGUUCUGUUUAA